CGUCCUCGCCUGUUGCCAUAGCAACUCAAACUCUACUGCGGGCGUAACGAUGGCUAGCGAAAAUAUUUCAGAGUUUUACGCUGCUGUCUGCGCAGAACAUCACAUAAAAAUAAAUCCACACAUCUUACAAGUUUUAGAGAAGACGACGGUGGCGGAGAAUGUCGCCUUAAAACUGACAGGAAACAACCAACUGAGACGCGUUCAGCGACUUGAUGACAAAGACGUUCUUGCUCUCUCAAAAUGUCUGAUUAACAACGAGUGUGUGACAGGUCUUGAUGUCAGGUACAAUAACAUAACAGAUGAAGGGGUUGGACACCUAGCUCACCUUUUACAGGAGGCCAGCUCAGCUCUGCUCUCUCUGGAUCUGAUGUUCAACGACAUCCAGACAGACGGAGCUGAAGUUCUCGCCAAGAGCCUGCAGCGUAACAGCACCUUGCUCUCUCUCAGACUGUCAGGCAAUAAGAUCAAGAACAGAGGAGCCAUGCACCUGGCCAGCAUGCUGCAGGUGAACAACACCCUGAAGGAGAUGGAGCUGGCUGACUGCGACCUGGCCACUCAGAGUGUGAUAGCGUUUGCCAUCGUGUUGAAAAGCAACAAGACUCUUCGCUCCGUCAAUAUCAGCCGGCCACUGCUCUUCAGCCACCAGGAGGAGUGGGCGGUGCACUUCUCGGAGAUGCUGGCGGUGAACAGCAGCCUGGUGGAGCUCCACCUGGGGAAGAUGGGUAUGACCGACACCGGGAUGGAGAGGCUGACUGAAGGCCUGCGGCUCAACCGCAGCCUGCGCUACCUGGACCUGCGCUGUAACCGUGUGACUCGUGACGGCGUGCGUCAACUGGCCAAGGUGCUGAAGCAGAACCCGACUCUGGAGAUCAUAGAUCUGUCGUCCAAUCGGAUUGAAGAUGACGGUGCUGCGUACCUGAGCGAGGCCGUCGCCUGGCCAGGCUGCGCCCUGAGAGAGCUGUCUGUCACCAGUAACAACAUCAAGACGCAGGGUCUGCUGGCUUUGGCUCAGGCGAUGACGGAGAGCACAACUCUGAACCACAUCUACAUCUGGGGAAACCACCUGGAGGAGCCUGUCUGUCAGGCUUUCAGAGAGCUGAUCUCCAGCGGCCGCCUGCCUCCGGAGCAGACAGAUGUCAGCGCGUACGAGGUGGACGGUCAGGUGUUUCUCGCUGAGGUCUUCCACAGUUUGAGGAGACACUAUUACAGGACAAACAGCUCUGGUACAGACACACCUACCACCUCCAACACUGCAGCAGACCCGUUACCAAUCCACGCUGCCAGCCCCGACUCCACCUUUCCUCCACACGUUGAGAGUCAGCUACUUGUUCCCCUGCAGUCCUGCUAGGCUCUCAAUAACCUCCUCACACCCACCAGCAUCCCAACAGACUUAAAUAUUGGCUUAAAAAGAGCCUUGAAUAAAAUGCAUACACGUGUUAACAGAACAAAAUAAAACAAUGCAAAUAUGCCAAAAGAAAGAAGCCAUGAUCUCUCCAACUUGUGGUGUUAAAAUGAGCCUUCUGAACAAUAAACUGUUGCCUGUGA